AUGCAUCGCUUCCAUCGACUGGCCUUGUCCAAUCGAGCUGUAGUAGCGUGCGAAAACAGUGGAGUAUCCUCCUGGAUGUCGAAUAGAAGAUGGCUUUCUGCAUCCGCACAGUCCAAGCCGAAGGAACGCAGCACACCGGCCCCCGCUACAGUCAACACUUCGUUCAUGGCGAAUCUGUUCCGGGGUGAGAUCGAACCGCUGCAGGUCUUUCCCUACCCAGAUUCGCUCAAGCCAGAACAGAAGGAAAUGAUUGGCUCGCUGAUCGAUCCGGUCACACGCUUUUUCGAAGGCUAUGAUCCAGUCAAGGCGGAAAAGAAUGGCGGUCCCGAUGAGGCAACGUUCCAGAGCAUGUGGGAGAUGGGAUUGAUGGGUAUGCAGGCACCGGAAGAGUACGGUGGCUUAGCUCUCCCAAACACUGGCUACGCCCGCAUGGGUGAGCUGGUAGGUUCAAAGGAUUUGGGCCUGGCGGUAGUAUUCGGCGCUCAUCAAAGUAUCGGCUGGAAGGGUGUUUUGCUGUACGGAACUGAAGAGCAAAAGAGUAAAUACCUGCCCAAAGUUGUUACCGGUGGUACGAUUGCUGCCUUCUGCCUAACGGAACCAAGUUCCGGGUCGGAUGCCGGUUCGAUUCGUAGUAGAGCAGUAAAAUCAGCUGACGGAUCGCAUUACAUCCUGAAUGGUUCGAAAAUCUGGAUCAGUGGUGGUGGACUGGCCGAUCUGCUUACCGUGUUUGCGCAGACCGAAAUUACCGAUCCAAAGACGGGCCAAAAGCGCGACAAGGUAACGGCAUUUAUUGUGGAGCGAGCGUUUGCUGGCGUAACGAGCGGUCCACCCGAAGACAAGAUGGGAAUUAAGUGUUCCAACACGGCUGAGGUGUACUUUGACGAUGUGAAGAUCCCGGUGGAAAAUGUGCUCGGUGGUGAAGGUAAUGGGUUUAAGGUGGCGAUGAACAUUCUGAACAAUGGCCGGUUCGGUAUGUCGGGUACGUUGGCUGGGACGAUGGCACACUGCAUCCGGAAGGCGGCUGAGCAUGCAACGACACGUGUACAGUUCGGACAGAAGAUUGAAAACUUUGGCAAUGUGCAGGAAAAGUUGGCCCGAAUGGCGAUGCAUCAGUACGUGAGUCAAUCGAUGGGGUACAUGAUUUCGGGUAAUAUGGAUGCGGGACAUACGGAUUACCAUCUGGAGGCGGCAAUUUCGAAGGUGUUUGCGUCUGAGGCGGCUUGGUACGUGUGUGAUGAGGCGAUCCAGAUAUUGGGAGGCAACGGAUUCAUGACGGCGAGUGGAUUGGAAAAGUUUUUGAGGGACAUUCGGAUUUAUCGUAUCUUUGAGGGAGCGAACGAUAUUUUGCGGUUGUUCGUUACACUUACCGGUAUUCAAUAUGCUGGAUCUCAUCUGAAGGAGUUGCAGCGUGCAUUCAAGAACCCGACCGCUAAUUUGGGGUUGAUCUUCAAGGAAGGAUCACGCCGAGCGGUACGAAGUAUUGGAUAUGGUGGUACGGAUCUAAGCUCGUUCGUAGCGGAACCGUUGAAGGAAUCGGCAGCUCUGUGUGCGGAUAGUAUUGAUCGGUUCUCCAAGACGAUUGAGGCGUUGCUUAUUAAGCAUGGGAAAGGUAUCGUCGAUCAGCAGUUCCUCUUGAUACGAUUGGCAGAUUCGGCUAUUGACAUUUAUGCGAUGUCUUGUGUGUUGUCGCGCGCAACCAAGGCUAUUCGGGAGAACCAACCGUCGGCCGAACAUGAGGUGCUGAUGGCGAAGGCUUGGUGUGUGGAGGCAAACGAUCGUGUACGAAUCAACAUUCGAAGAGCAAGUAAUGGAGUGUUUUUGAAGAACUAUGACACGAUGAGCGCCAUCGCGAAAAACAUCUGCUCCCGCCAGGGAAUCGUCCAAUCGAACCCGGUUGGCAUCGUGUAA